GGUCAGGUGGUAAGAAUGGCUGAAGGUGAAUGGAAGAUCCGAGUACCCGGCCUCCCCAGGGUUCCGAUUCCGCUCGCGGAGGGAGGACGCAAGAACUACAUUCUAUACAGAAUCGGGGACGAACUCCCGGAAGUCGAUUCAGAGUUCUCGAAACCGAGAUUUGACACAGCUCUAAGUCAGUUUCUCCCUUCCCUCACCGCCGAGAGGCGUCUCUCGUCGGUCUCCGCGGCGACGAGGAGGAGUUAGUCACACUAGAAGCACAGGCAAACACACGUUGUUACUUUUAGUGGAACAGCCGUGACGUUGAGCUCGGUCGGUCUCAAAAACCGUCGAAUCAAGAACCAUGACCGAAUAUCGUCAGCGGGCGGAAACCGUAGAUUUGAAUGAGAACGUGCCCGCCCUGAUAAUCGAGAUCUCGGACGCACUUAGUGAACGGGACAAGGUGAAGUUUACCGUUCGAACGAAGAGCACUCUUUCCGUGUUCGAUAAACCCGAGCUGUCAGUGGUCCGACAGCAUGAAGAGUUCGUCUGGCUGCACACCAUGCUCGAAGAGAACGAGCAUUACGCCGGUUACAUCAUUCCCCCAGCCCCGCCUCGACCGAACUUCGAUGCUUCUCGGGAGAAGCUCCAACGUCUCGGUGAGUCCGAAAGCAUCAUGACAGUUGAGGAGUUCAACAAACUCAAGGCCGAACUCGAGUCUGAGUAUCUCGCUACUUUCAAGAAGACUGUCGCAAUGCACGAGAAGUUCCUCCAGCGGCUGGCGAAUCACCAAGUCUUCCGUGACGACCGAAAUCUUCACGUGUUUCUGAGCUACGCUCAAGAUCUAUCGGUUCGGGGCAAAAACAAGAAAGAACGGCUGGCAGGCCUGUUCUCGUCGCUCGGGAAGUCCGCCGACGGUCUACUGUUGCAGACAACUCAGAAAGACAUCGACGACUCGUUCGAAGUGGAGAAGACUUUCUUGACCCGCUAUUUCGAACAACUCAAGGAGGCGAGGACCAAAGCCGACAAGGUGACAAACGCUCAGAAGAACCUGGCCAGGAGUUACAUCAGGGUAUCAACAGCCUUAGCAGAACAGGUCCCGCUUGAGAUGAACAACGAUUUGGAACGAUUUGUUCCGAACUUCAUCGAAUUUCUCGAGGCCGCGAGGAAGAUCGAAGGCCGAAAGGGUACCGAUUUCGACCUCAAACUUUCCGAUACACUGCGAUAUUACCAGAGAGAUUCAGGUGCGGCGAAAGAUCUCUUGUAUCGCAGACUUAGGGCCUUGGCUAAUUUCGAGGGAACGAACCGAGCGCUCGAGAAAGCCCGCAUCAAAAACAAGGACGUGAUCCACGCUGAAGAACUACAGAAGUUCGCUUGUGAGAAGUUCGAGGACAUCAGCACGCAAGCCAAACAGGAACUGAAGGACUUCCGGAGCAGACGGGUUCGGUACUUCAAGAAGUCGUGCAUUGAUCUCGCUGAGCUACAAUUGAAACACUGCAACGCGGAAAUUUCCCUCCUGAGAGAAACGAUAGGAAAGAUGAAGAUCCACAUCGUUGAGCAACAUUCCUAGAUGGGCGUUGACCGUGGUUCAUGGAUCCCGUGGGGAUUAAUAGCGGAGGGCGUCUGUGGCGCGUGACAGAGCCCGAAAGCUUUCAAAGCUAGUCAAAGUCGACAGUCCAUCCGGACUCGUUCUCAAAACUGAAAUAAAGUACAGAUCGAGACGAGCUCCAGAUUUUCUUCGAAAGAUCUCUAUCUGGAGCGGACUCGGCCGUCUAUACGACUAUAUCAAGCAGCGGAGGUUCGUCUCUACCCCAAUUCCGCGUAUCGACGCUCGCAUAUCGGGCAUCUUUUUUAUACAAUAAUUGUAAUUUAUUUGGAGAUAACGCGAUUUUUGUCGGUGAAUAAAAAAACGGAAGAUGGCUUACGCACCAGACUCCGAGCCCCUGCGGAGCUCCU